GGUAGGUUUCAGGCAGAAGGUGGUGGUAAUGCACUGAGAAAGUCUGCGAACCGCGAUAAAACCAAAAAGAAGAAGAAGAAAAAGAAGCAGAAGAAGAAGACGCAGGAGGCUCCCACUGGUUCUGCUCCGGUGCUGCAGCUGCCUGAUUCACUAGCAGAUUAAUCUGACAGUCAGCAAGACACUGCUCCUACAAUGAGCAGAGCCAUAGAAGGGAUCAACUGAACCUACGGACUGAACACAAUGGCUGACAUCAAGAACUUUCUUUACGCCUGGUGUGGGAAGAAAAAGCUGACUCCAAACUAUGACAUCAGAGCCGCAGGCAACAAAAACAGACAAAAGUUUCUGUGUGAGGUCCGUGUCGAUGGCUUUAACUACAUCGGGAUGGGAAAUUCCACCAAUAAGAAGGAUGCCCAGACCAACGCUGCCAGAGACUUUGUCAACUACCUGGUCCGAGUCGGGGAAAUAAAUGCGUCUGAGGUCCCAGCUGUGGGGGUGGCAGCUGUAGAGGGUGACCGUGCUGAUGGAGGAGGAGGUGAUGGUGGCUUUGGAAACCUCCCCUCCGGUGGGCCUCUGCCACCUCACCUGGUAGUGAAUGUUAAGAAAGAAAACAGUGGUGGUGAUAGUGGGCCAGCUCCAGAGGGGACUGGACAGGGCUUCUCAGGAGCAGGAACUUCUGGGUGGAGAGGAGAAGAAGCUCAGUGGGACCGAGGAGCCAACUUAAAGGAGUACUACGCCAGAAAAGACGAACAGGAAGCGCAGGCGACUCUGGAGUCAGAGGAGGUGGAUCUGAAUGCUAACCUUCACGGGAACUGGACACUGGAGAAUGCUAAGGCCCGUCUCAACCAGUUCUUCCAGAAGGAGAAAACAAGCGCUGAGUAUAAAUACAGCCAAGUGGGACCGGACCACAACAGGAGUUUUAUAGCAGAGAUGCAGCUGUUUGUGAGACAACUCGGCAGAAGAAUUACAGCACGGGAGCACGGCUCCAACAAGAAGCUGGCAGCUCAGUCGUGUGCUCUGUCUUUGGUCCGACAGCUCUACCACCUGGGCAUCAUCGAGGCGUACUCUGGUAUCACAAAGAAAAAGGAAGGAGAAACUUUGGAGGCGUAUGAGGUCAACGUGUCCCCAGAUCUGCAGCAGCAGCUGGUCAAUGUCAUCCAGGAGCUUGGACUCCACAUCUCGCCUCCCCCUACAGAUCCCAGCAGCUCAGUGUCGCUGGUUCAGGGGAAGAUAGCAACGUUUGAGCCGGCCCAGCGUCAAAGUGGAGCCGGGGUCGUCCCCUGGUCCCCUCCACAGGUGAACUGGAACCCCUGGACCAGCAGUAACAUUGAUGAGGGCCCACUGGCCUACUGCAGCCCUGAGCAGAUCAGCAAUGACCUGCAUGACGAGCUCCAGUACCAGCUGGAACAUGACGACAACCUGCACAAGAUGCUGAUGGAGCGUGAGCAGCUGCCUGUCAAACAGUUUGAGCAGGAGAUCAUGGAAGCUGUGAACAACAACCCUGUAGUGAUUAUCAGAGGAGCAACGGGCUGCGGGAAAACCACUCAGGUUCCUCAGUACAUCCUGGACCGCUUCAUCAAAGCAGGCAAAGCCUCUGACUGUAACAUCGUGGUCACACAGCCCAGACGUAUCAGCGCUGUGUCCGUGGCUGAGAGAGUUUCCUACGAGAGAGGAGAGGAUCUUGGGAAAAGCUGUGGCUACAGUGUCCGCUUCGAGUCUGUCCUCCCCCGGCCUCACGCCAGCGUUCUGUUCUGCACCGUAGGGGUCCUGCUGCGAAAGCUUGAGGCUGGAAUCAGAGGCAUCAGUCACGUUAUCGUUGAUGAGAUCCACGAGAGAGACAUCAACACAGAUUUCCUGCUGGUGGUCCUCAGAGACGUGGUGCAGGCCUACCCAGAGGUCCGAGUCAUCCUGAUGUCUGCCACCAUCGACACCACCAUGUUCACAGAGUACUUCUUCAACUGUCCCAUCAUUGAGGUGUUUGGUCGCACCUUCCCUGUUCAAGAGUAUUUCCUGGAAGAUUGCAUCCAGAUGACCAACUUUGUUCCUCCCCCAAUGGACCGAAAGAAGAGGGACAAAGAAGAGGAGGGAGGCGACGACGAUACCAACUGUAACAUGAUGUGUGGGCCUGACUACACGGCAGAGACCAAGCGCUCGAUGGCGCUGAUAAACGAGAAGGAGACGUGCUUCGAGCUGGUCGAGGCUCUCCUGAAAUACAUCGAGACGCUGCAGGUGGCUGGCGCUGUGCUCAUCUUCCUGCCUGGCUGGAACCUCAUCUACUCCAUGCAGAGACACCUGGAGACCAACCCACACUUUGGAAGUAACCGGUAUCGGAUUCUGCCACUGCACUCUCAGAUCCCUCGAGAGGAGCAGAGGAAGGUGUUCGAACCGGUUCCUGACAAAAUCACCAAGGUGAUUUUGUCGACCAACAUCGCGGAGACGAGCAUCACUAUUAACGACGUCGUCUACGUCAUUGACUCCUGCAAGCAGAAGGUGAAGCUCUUCACCUCUCACAACAACAUGACCAACUAUGCCACCGUCUGGGCCUCCAAGACCAACCUGGAGCAGAGGAAAGGGCGAGCCGGCCGAGUGCGACCCGGAUUCUGCUUUCACCUUUGUAGCCGCGCUCGUUUUGAGAGGCUCGAGACUCACAUGACUCCAGAGAUCUUCAGAACGCCGCUGCAUGAGGUUGCUCUGAGCAUCAAACUGCUGAGACUCGGAGCCAUCGGACACUUCCUGUCCAAGGCAAUUGAGCCGCCGCCGCUGGAUGCUGUGAUAGAGGCCGAACACGCGCUCAGAGAGCUGGAUGCCCUGGACACCAACGAUGAGCUGACUCCUCUGGGGCGGAUUCUGGCUCGGCUGCCCAUCGAACCUCGGCUGGGGAAGAUGAUGAUCAUGGGCUGCAUCUUCCAUGUUGGGGAUGCCAUGUGCACUAUCUCUGCCGCCUCCUGUUUCCCAGAGCCUUUCAUCAAUGAAGGGAAACGUCUCGGCUUCGUCCACAGAAACUUUGCUGGAACUCGUUUCUCCGACCACGUGGCUCUGCUGUCGGUCUUCCAGGCCUGGGACGACGUCAGGAUUAAUGGCGAGGAAGCAGAAAUUCGUUUCUGUGAACACAAACGUCUCAACAUGUCCACUCUGAGGAUGACCUGGGAGGCCAAGGUUCAGCUGAAGGAGAUCCUGGUCAACUCUGGCUUCCCUGAAGACUGUUUGAUGACACAGAUGUUCAACAACGUGGGCCCAGACAACAACCUGGACGUGGUGGUUUCUCUGCUGACCUUCGGUUCGUACCCCAACGUCUGUUACCACAAAGAGAAGAGGAAGAUCCUGACCACCGAGGGACGCAACGCCCUCAUCCACAAGUCCUCUGUCAACUGUCCCUUCAGCAGCCAGGACACCACCUACCCCUCGCCUUUCUUCGUCUUCAGCGAGAAGAUUCGGACCAGAGCCAUCUCAGCCAAAGGGAUGACUCUGGUCAGUCCUCUGCAGCUGCUGCUGUUCGGCUGCAAGAAGAUCAGCUCCAAUGGAGACGUCGUGGAGCUUGACGACUGGAUCAAACUGAGGAUUCCCCAUGAUGUGGCGGGAGGGGUUGCAGUUCUGCGGGCCGGGCUGGAGGCGCUGGUGGUUGAAGUGACCAAGGACCCGGAAUACAUCGGGCAGAUGGACCGAACCAAUGAGAACCUGCUCAGCGCCAUCAGACAGAUCUCCAAGAUGUCAGCAGCUGGACUCAACCCGAUGGCUGGCAGCCAGAGGAUGGGAGACGGGCCUCGACCCCCGAAGAUGGCGCGCUUCGACGCAUACGGAGGGGGUGGAGGAGGAUACAGGGGCUAUAGAGGGGGAGGAGGUGGAUAUGGAGGAGGUUACAGAGGAUAUAGAGGGGGAGGAGGAGGUUACGGAGGAGGAGGUUAUAGAGGAGGAGGAGGCUACAGGGGCUAUAGAGGAGGAGGAGGAGGCUACAGGGGAAGUGGAUAUGGAGGAGGACACCAGGGGGGAGGGGGCUGCAGAGGAGGCUGUUAAAGUUCUGCAAUGAUGGAAAUGUUUUGUCUUGCUUGUAGAAAUGAUGACGGUCAAAAUGUUUUUUUUUUUUCAAAUCUAGACACAAAAGUCACUUUGGCCAGUUUUUGUUUGUGUCCCUAAUAAAUGUUGAUGUUUCCAGCAGAA